AUGACCACCAGCGGCAUGGCUUCGUCAACAGACUACUACGAGCUUCUGGGCGUGAGUCGCAGCGCGGGUCCCGAGGAUAUCCGGCAGGCGUACCGGCGACGGGCGCUGCGCUGGCACCCGGACAAGAACCCCGGUCGCAGCGAGGUCGCCGAGAGACGCUUUAAACGCCUGCAUGAGGCAUACAUGGUGCUCAGCAGCGCCGUGGAUCGCGCGGCGUACGACCGCGCGCACCCCGCGAGGCAGCCAACCAUGCGUCAAAGGCUGGCGCAGCGAUUCAGAAGUCACGGCUCCAGGCAGCUGUUUACCAUGUCGCUGAGACAUGCCGAAGAAGUGAUCCAGGAACUGUUUGAGAAGAUCUGGAAACCACCGAGCGGUGACCUGGGCUCAUACGCGCCCAAGGAAAGGGCCUCGGCGGCUGAAGAUUCCUCCACUGCCCAAAUUACCGCCGGCCGCGCUCGUGAUGGGCACAUGCGGGUGCGGGGGGUGGAAGACGGUGGCUUGCUGUCUCGAAGCGAGCAGAGAGCCUGGCUGCACCCAUCGGCUACCGACAGUCUGGAUGUUCCCACUCAAGCAUCCUUGCCACCGAGCUCCUCCUCGUCGUCCAGCACGGGCGACGUUCUUUUGUGGGAGAGUGUCUCCUCGUCUCUGGACAGCCUAGCUGGCUCCCGGAGGACACUGCGCAGAUUCAGGAGCAUCGCACCAGUACACGUGGCCGGCCAUCACAUUGAUUUGACCACGCUGGCCAUCGGCAGCGAAUCUCGACUCAAGCCGCAGGCGACCCGCCAGCGCAGGGACGCCCACCCAGCCGUUGUCCGAGGCCCGGGUUCCACGCAGCCGAAGCUGUCUCGGAGCCAACCGAGACCGAGGCCCGAGGAGGAGCCGAAGCCGAAGCCGAAGGCCACCGAUGGCGAAGCCGCGCGGCGCCAACAGCCCGUGCCACCGGGUUGCCAUAGAGAGAAGACGGCCGCCGUCUCACAGGGUGACUGCUCGUCCAGGGAUAAGCGUCGGCGAGAGUGCGCAGACGCGCCCAGCGCGUCCACGAGCUCCGGAUUCAUGGUUUCUGUGAAGUCCGCCGUGGCGAGGACAAGCGUGGGCGUAGCCAAGCUGUGUCGCUUCCUGUAA